AUGACAUUCCUUCAGAGAAUUAUUCGAAAUGACACGGUCAAGUCGGACCCCCCGGAGAUAUAUAAUUUCCGUGUAGUUUUAAUCAGCCUUUCGGCAUGUGGAGCUUCCAUGCUUUUUGGUUUUGACAUGGGUGUCAUCGGAGGCGUCCUAACCAUGAACUCCUUCAAAGAACAAUACGGGCUCAAAGGAAAAGAAGACACCGUUCUAGCAAACCUCGAGUCUAACAUCGUCUCCGUCAUCCAAGCGGGGUCUUUUCUGGGUGCACUAGUCUCCACCUACGUUGCCAAUGCCAUUGGACGCCGCUUGUCACUGAUACUCUCUGCAUUGAUAUUGUUCGUCGGUGUUGCUAUGCAAGCCGGUGCUAGUGGCAUCAUUGGAGUUUUGUAUGCAGGACGGCAAGUAAACCGUUCACUUCAAUCUCUUUCAUUAGCUAAUGUGGUAUAUAGAUUCAUCGGGGGAGUCUCCAUCGGGAUAGCAUCUUCCGUGUGUCCAAUAUAUAUUGCUGAAAAUGCGCCACGCGGCAUCCGAGGGUUAUUGACAGGAUUCUAUCAAUUAACCUUGGUAUUCGGUCUCACGGUGCUGCAGUUAGCGUUCUGGAUCAACUACGGCUGCGAGCGUCACUUAACGGGAAAGGAACAAUUCAUCAUCCCUCUUUCUCUUCAAGCAUUUCCAGCCGUGAUCCUUUUAGUCGGUAUGCUCUUUGCAAACGAGUCACCGAGAUACCUCGCGAUGAAGCGGCCGGAAAGAGCACCACGCGUUCUCGCUACCCUCAGAGGGUUACCGGAAGACCAUUCAUAUGUGAUAGAGGAGUUGAAUAACCUGAGGCGUCAACUGGAAGAGGAGUCGCAGCACUCCGAGUCAUCGAUGUGGUGUCUUCUAAAAGAAUCCUUUUCAAAGAAGUCCUAUCGCCGGCGAUCAAUCCUAUGCAUUACCCUCAUGAUGUGGAGUAACAUGACGGGGACCAACGCCAUGACAUACUACAGUCCAACAAUAUUCGCAAGUGUCGGCCUUGCAUCCUCCUCGGUGGGUCUAUUUGCCACGGGGAUAUACGGUAUCAUCAAAUUUAUAGCCUGUGGCAUCUUUAUCGUGUUCGUAUCGGAUACGCUCGGCCGAAGAAGAUCGUUGUUAUGGACAGGAAUCGUUCAGGGUAUCAUGCUAUUUUACGUCGGCUUUUACGUCCGAUUUGAUACGAUAUCGGAAAACGCCCCUAUCACACCGCAAGGAUACAUUGCCCUGAUCGCCAUAUACCUCUUUGCCGCCGUAUAUCAAUUCGGAUGGGGGCCAGUGGUAUGGUCAUACUGCGCAGAAAUUCCCCCGGCACGCCUUAGGGCCCUGAAUAUGGGCAUGGCCACAGCCUCACAGUGGUUCUUCAAUUUUGUGGUUGCAAAAUCCACGCCGACAAUGUUCGCGACGUUGGGGAAAAAUGGAUACGGGACUUACUUUGUGUACGGGAGUUUCUGUUUCGUGAUGGUGAUAUAUACUUGGUACUUUGUGCCGGAAACUAAAGGGCUAUCAUUGGAAUUUAUGGACGAGCUUUUUGAGCGGGAUACCGUGCGUGGCAAGUUUAUGCCGGCGCGUGAUGUUCAUUACUUGGCGGAUCGGCAAAUAAGGUCUCCGGUUGGUCGGUGUGACGAGGAGAAAUUAGGCGCCGAGGGACACUGGUAA